AUGUGGCAGUGGCGAAAAUCUUCGCGUGAUAUAUGGCAAUCUUAUUCUGAUAUUGAAAAUGCAAUAAUAGAAGAUGCGUACCAUCAAAAUGAUAAACAAGUUGAACUUGAUAAUAAUAUAACUAUCGAUUUGAAGAAAAAUAUUCAAUUUGAUUCUAAUAAAAAGAAAGAUAAUAAAUCGAUGGAAAUUAGAAGACAUAACAAUGAAGAAGCUUCAUCAUCAUCAUUUAUAACAGAUCGAAAACGACGAAGUGAACGAUUUUGUCUACCACCUAAAAUGAUAUCAAAAUCUUGA